AUGUUUCCACGCAAAGCCCUUCGAGCCCUCCAGCCUGUCGGCCACCAAUGCCGCCACUACGCCACGCCCAGGCAACCUGACGACGCCGCCCCUCCACCGUGGCCGACGUCCGACCAUCCCACGCCCUACGAGAUCUUUGCCAUCAACAAGGUCACGCCCUACAACAAGAAGCGGUUCUACCAGCUGGUUAAGCUCUAUCAUCCAGACCUAAAGGCGCCCGGCCACUCCAAGGUGCCACCCGAAGUACGCGUAGAGCGCUAUCGACUCAUCGUGGCGGCCAACACCCUCCUCUCCGACCCGGACAAACGACGCGCAUACGACCUGCACGGCGUGGGAUGGCUGACGAGGUCGUCACUACGAAACUUUGACAAGGCGUGGCGGCAUCAGCCGGGCAAUGCGUCCGCCAACGCAACGUGGGAAGACUGGGAGCGUUGGCACCAGGCGCGAGGCGAGGCGCCAGCUCCUCGGCAGGGCACCGUGUACAUGCCCAACAGCAUCUUUGCCAUGCUGAUCGCCAUGACGGUGAUGGUGGGGGCCAUGGUGCAGGGCCAGCGCGCGGAGGCCUCGGGCGCGCAAUACCUAUCGGAGACGGCACUGCGACAUCAAGCUGUGGGCAAUGAAGUGAGGCGAAGCACCAUGGCUAGCGCGGGUAUGAAUAAGGACGAGAGAAUUGGCCGGUUUCUACGGGAUAGGGAGAAUGUGACCUAUCAAUUUGCGCCUAGCAAGUUUGAGGCGCAGCAGGAAGAGCAAGAGGAGAACAGAUAA